AUGGCCUAUCAACUUUCCGUGUCAAUAUCCGGCCCGGGGACCUCCGAGCGUGCUCAUUGGGGGUUGGUUAUCCAUAAACCCCCAAGUCGAGUCGGAGACCUCCUGCAUGUUAGAGUCAUCGAUGAAAAUACCAACCUGUUUGCAUUUGAAAAUCGUUCCGGGCAUGUCAUAGAUGAUCAAAACGCAUGGGGACUGGCCAAGAUAACAAUGCUGGAUGAUUUGCAGCGUGCUAAGGCAAUUUCAAUAUUGUUUAAUGAGAGGCCACCAAGCAAUGGGGGAAAGGACUGUCAGGAUUGGGUGCUGGAUGCAUUGGUUUCAUUGGAGGUCGAAGAAUUGGUUCCGGAUGGAACGACACAGACAUGGACAUCAAGGACGGGCAAGCAGACAAAGGCUAUCCAGCACGAGGUUGGUGUGAACUGGGAAGCUCUGAAUGGGAGAUAA